CCAACACCUCAACACCUAUUCACAAUGUCGAACCCCAUGUUUGGACCCGACGAGGCAAAGUACAAGGACUGCAAGCAGAUCGUCAUCACUGACUUCGAUGGCACGAUCACGCUCCUCGACUCCAACGACCACAUGGUCGACACUGUCGGCAUGGGCUACACCGAGCGCCGCAAGAUCAACGUAGAGAUUAUCAACGAGCGUGUCUCCUACCUCGAGGGCUUCCGCACCAUGCUCGAGUCCGUCAAGCGUCCCUUCCCCGAGAUGCUCGAGCUCGUCAAGCGUGACGUCAAGCUCGACCCCGGCUUCAAGGACUUCUACGCUUACGCCAAGGCCAACAACAUCCCCGUCGUCGUCGUCUCAUCCGGCAUGGUUCCCGUCAUCCGUGCCAUCUUCUCCAACCUGAUCGGAGAGGAGGAGGCCAACAAGAUUGACAUCAUCGCCAACGAGGUUGAGUUCACCGACCCGGAGAAGAAGGGAGACACCUGGAAGCUCGUAUACCGUCACCCUGACAACCACUUUGGCCACGACAAGUCGAAGUCCAUCCUCCCUUACCGCAACCUCCCCAACCCUCCUCUCAUCACCUUCGCCGGCGACGGUAUCUCGGACAUGAGCGCUGCUGCUCACGCCGACAUCCUCUUCGUCAAGGAGAAGCAGGACAACGACCUCAAGAUCUACUGUGACAACAAGGGGAUCAAGUACACGCUCUUCGACAGCUGGAAGGUCGUCAAGACGAUGUUCGAGGACAUUGCGAGUGGUAAGAUCAACGUUGAUGACCUGAGGAAGAAGCCUGAGCCCGUUGCGUAGAUGCGCGAGCAAGGCAGCACGGUCUACCGGGAAGAAGGAUGUGCAAGGGAUGAGGGCGUAACUUUGUCAAGUUGACUCGAUGAGGAGAGGGGAGAAGGGGCGAGCAGUGACCUCUCUCUCCUCUGCGUUAAUGAUAGAUGCUGAGAAAUCCAAUUCUCUUUCAUAGACUUCGGCGUGUGUGCCGAAUCUCGCGAAGCGCUGUGUCAGAGACACAAGGAAGAGAGUGACGAUCAUCAGCGACCUUCUCACCGUUAUCUUAAGCGUAGGAGGGAGCGCAAGCCAAUUUGA